AUGCUCAGCAUGGCUCUUCAGGUGCUCAUUGAAAAGGCAGUGAGCCAGUGCUGGCGCGCCCAGAGGAAGGCGGACCCUCGGGCCGGGGCUCGGCCCCCCGUGCCCACAGGGCGCCCAGAGGAAGGCGGACCCUCGGGCCGGGGCUCGGCCCCCGUGCCCACAGGGCGCCCAGACGAAGGCGGACCUUCGGGCCGGGGCUCGGCCCCCCGUGCCCACAGGGCGCCCAGACGAAGGCGGACCUUCGGGCCGGGGCUCGGCCCCCCGUGCCCACAGGGCGCCCAGACGAAGGCGGACCUUCGGGCCGGGGCUCGGCCCCCCGUGCCCACAGGGCGCCCAGAGGAAGGCGGACCCUCGGGCCAGGGCUCGCCCCCUGUGCGCGCAGGGCGCCCAGACGAAGGCGGACCUUCGGGCCGGGGCUCGCCCCCGUGCCCGCAGGGCGCCCAGACGAAGGCGGACCCUCGGGCCGGGGCUCGGCCCCCGUGCCCGCAGCGCGCCCAGACGAAGGCGGACCCUCGGGUCGGGGCUCGGCCCCCCGUGCGCGCAGGGCGCCCUGCAAGCGACGGAUGGAGACCGCGCAUUCCAUCACAGGCGGCGCGGGCCGAGCACGCCCGCACGGGCGGCUUUAACGUCCAUCACCAAGUGUGCUGA